AUGAAUGGGGAGCAGAAGAGAAAGGAAGGGACUGAGAGACGGGGAACAUGGCUGAAGUUGUCAUCUACACUAGCAAAGGACUUUCCACAGUCCCAGGAUGGAAAGAGAGCCCACGUCCAGCAAAGCCAGGACAACCUCACAGAGGUCCUGGGGGGUCUUGUUAAUCCUGUUAGUUACUGGAUCGGCCUGAGUCGGGAGAAGACCUCAUCCAGUUGGAAAUGGGUUGAUGGAGGAACUCUGAGCAGGGAAGUGGGCACAAUUAUCAACAACUUUCUGAGAGGGAAUUGUGCCGAGGGAUACUGGGAUGAGUCUGACCUCCUUUUCCAUCCUGCGGACUGCAACGAGGAACACAUGUGGAUCUGUGAGAGGGGGAGGCUCACUGUAGUGAUCAUAUAACGACCCCCCCCCAGUAGUGUGAGAUCCAGAGAAAAAAAGAGUGACUGUGAGUGUCCAAGAGUGACUACUAGUGUGAGACUGUGUCCUCUGCUCCUGAGGUUUCACCCUGCUGGACGCAGAAGAGUGAGCAAACACUGACCCCAGGACAGCCCCCCCAAGAGCUCUGGGACUCCAACAGCCCCCGCUGAGAAACGGAUCCAACGACUUCAGGAACUAUCCUCCCCUCUCAGCUCAGACCACUCCAGCAACAAACCCAUGCAAACUCCUGGGCUCUCGUACAAUCAGCCAUCGUGCAUGGGCCUGCCCAGGCCAUAAGAACUAUGCAGCAUAACUUUCCUCAUGUGCUGAAUGGCUUCUGUGAGAGUUCACAGUCAUGUGGAAUAGGCAGGCAACAACCUCAGGUUUGCGUUUUCAAAUGUUCAUUUUAUAGUCAUUUCCUGUUUCAACAAACCUCGGGCUCCUUCGUUGCGUGCUUGCAAAAACUCAUAACGCCUUUUGGUGUUGCUUUAACAAAACGGCUGAAGCGGCGUUUCUGCGGUCAUUGAAGUGCUGAAGCCCCAUUCGUUUCAACCCUCCUUCGCUGUGCUUUCGAACCAAUGAAAAGAACGCGGCCCUUCUGGCUGGGUGAGUACUGCCCUCUAGUGGGCGGGUUCUGGUAGUGCGUCACACUUCCGCUUGUAUUUAAAGCAUCAAGCAAGAAGGCUGGUCUCGUCCACAUCAGUCGAUGACUCUUAAACCCAGGCAGCACAGUGUCGCAGGGGUGAGCAUGCCUGUGUUGUGUGCAGUGGGGCCCCCUGAGCUCAAUUCUGGCUCGGGGGGGAGUGCUGUCUGUGUGGAGCUUGCAUGUUCUCCCCCAUCUUGUUCUGUGUGUGCGCCCUGUGAUGGGCAGCUGUCCUGCCCAGGGUGGACCCUGCCUUGUGCCCCUUGCUUGCUGGGACAGACUCCAGCUCCCCUGUGACCCUGAAGUUAGAGGACAGAUGGACUCAGACCCCCACCCCAACUUGCUUAAAUGUCUGAGUACUUUUCCAAUAGCAAGGAGUAUGACGGGUGAACCACAAUUAAGCAAUUGACUCAUUACACCCGGCUCUGUAAUGCACAGCUCAGAUCUGAACAAAAACCGAAAGAUUCGGGGCCCGCCAGGACCUGGGUCUGACAGCGCCAUACUGGGUCCAAGUCCUUUUCGGACCUCUGUCUGUGAACAGCACCUCUCAUAAUUCCCAGACUGACAGACACCUCUAGCGCCCCCUGCAGGAGACCCAGGGAGAGAAGGACAUGGACUCAGCUGGGGAGUAAAGAAGAAUGCAAUGCACACGGCUGCCUUUUACUGAUGAAUUUAUUGAUCUGUAAAUGUCAAUACAUAAUAAAGAGUAAAUCACCCCGAUAAGAUACUCAUUUGAAAGAAAACGCUCUAAACUGAU